AUGAGCCACAGCACCCUCUCCGACAGCAACAACGCGCUUGUCCAGAAUGCGCCGCCUCUUGCAGCAACCAAGAGCACCUCUCCCAUGCCUCUAGAAGCCCAUUCUGUCUCCUCGCCACCUUCAGCCCCUCAAAAUCCACAAACGGACGCUCCCGAGUCCGGAAACAACAAUGCCUUGGACGCCGAGAAUGACUCCGAGGCUGAGACCUUGAUCGUAUCACCUGUCAAGAAACGCGACAUGCUUAAGCAGUCAAAUUCCGCCCAAGCUCUAGAAAGCAUUGAUGAGAUCCCCGAAAAGAUUGUCCUCAAACCAGAAGAGACUCAGGCACAAAUUGCUUGUGAGGCUUCUAUCGAUAAGGCUCAGACUAACGGCGACAAGCCACAGAAAGAAGAGGAGCAAUUGGUCGAGAGGGGAAUCAAGCUGGACGAGCAAAACACCAAUGCCAAUGGAGAUAACCAGGACAGCGACAGUGACAACUUGAGCGAGGUGUCCUCAGUGCAAUCGUUCGGGGGCGAGAACGGAAACGACAACGAAAUCAACAACAACGAGAAUGACGAUGAGGACGAUGAAGACGAGGAUGCGAGGUCUUGGGCAUCUGACAAGGACGGAGAAGAACGAACAUCAAAUCCACGAAAACGCAAGCACACAGAUACCAUGCUCGCGAGAAACGUCUGGGACUCGGACACCUCUUCUGAAACAUCACAUCAAUACCCCAAAAGCAGACUUACUCGAAACACCAGCAGGGCUGUUUCAACACCAGGUCGACCAAUGGGUUUGGCAAAGCGACACGUCAACAAAUAUGGCUUUACUCGCCUGGCCGAGGCAUGCGAGAACGGCGAUCUUGACGGUGUCAAAGAGUGGCGCGAGAAAGAUCCUGAGCAACUCGAACAGCGCGAGUUUGCAGGAAACACUCCACUCCAAGUUGCUUCUCUUAAUGGAUAUCCUGAGAUUGUGAGUUAUUUGCUCGAGCAGGGCUGCAAUCCACAUUGCGCAAACGCGGACAAGGACACUCCUCUUAUUGACGCGGUCGAAAACGGCCAUCUCGAUGUUGUUCAAAUUCUUCUGAAGGCUGGAAUUAACCCUCUACAUUGCAACUUGAAAGGCCAACAGGCGCUCGAUGUUAUCACCAAAGAGACCGAUAACGCCACUGAAAUCCGUGCUGUUUUGCGCGAAGCUAUUGAAGACUGGAACAAGAACGGCAGAUCCCAACAAACGUACAAUGUCGAAGAACCCGCAUCAAGACCUGGACCAAAACAAGGGCUUCAAUUUCUUGCACGCACAUACGAAAACCUACUCAAGCUUGUUAGCGAGAACGAUAGGACAGCGGUCCAAGAAUUCCUCGAUGCCCGUGUGCCUGUUGACAAUAACGUUGUAGCUGCGGCGGCAAAGACUGGCGAUCUCUACCUAGUGAACAUGCUUCUCGCCGAGAUGACCCCUAAGAAGGCUCGUCAAAGAGCUGAUAGACCCAUGCUCUCCGUUAUCGGAACCUCUCACUUUGACAUGGUCAAAGCCCUCACCGAACUCGAUCAAUUCGAGCCCACAUGGCGCUCAAAGAGUAGCAACUUGACGUGGUACGAGAUCGCGGAAUCCAAGCAGGGUCCGAAGUGGAGGGAGGAGAAGGCGCUCUUACAAAAGCUGUACGAGAAGGCUGAAAAUGCUAGGAAACUCAGCUCUAGUCCAGUCGCUCGCCGUGAGCCUACCAAGAAACGAAGAAGAAGCAUGGAACGCCAUAAUGACUCUGAUGUGGAAAUGGAAGACGCGGAUUCGCCUGAGAGAGCACGAAGCAGAAGACGUCUGGUCUCUAAGAAGGACAUGCGUACAGAAAGCAGGCAGCGAUCAUCUUCAGAGCUCUCCGACCCCACCGAGGAAGACCAUCAUGCAUACGACUCUGAAGAUGAUGCUCAGCAUGAAGACGACGACGAUAUCAAGAUGGAGGAACCCGAUCGCGAGGCUGCAGAAGCGGAGGCCACUCGCAAAGCCGACCUUGACGCUAAGGCCGACGCUCAGAAAUUGGCGGAUAAGUUGUGCAAAGACGAACAGGUCCGGAAAGAGGAGGAGGCUGCACGACGCAAGGAAGCCGAGCGCAAGGCCGAAGAGAUACGUCAGCAACACGAGCGAAAGUUGGCAGAAGACCGUCGUCUGGAUAGGCAGAGAAAGAUACAAGCCCUUCCAAGUGCUUUGGCUCAUAUCAUCAGUCUAACAGAUGUUCGUGGCAAGGAGAGACAGACAUACAUUCAGAGACACUUUCUUCCUGUCCAGGUGGUCAAGCGAGCCGAGCUAGGAAAUCUGCCGGAUGAGGGCAAAGCUGACGACCUCUGGAUGCUCAGUUAUCAGGCCGCGGCAAUACUCACAGGCGAAGAUGCGAAUGCUCUUCUGGGUCUUCCGCUUGAUACCAAGGCAAAGCCAUCGUUACUCUCUGGAGUGUCAAUGUCUGAGGUGACUGAAGAGCAGCGUCGGCUGAUGCUGGCGUGUCUACAGUCAACGAGUUUGGUACAUGGACUCCCCUCGAACGAGGACAGCGAGAUGUCAGAAACAGGAAACCUUUUGGCCGAGCUUGCGGAAGCUGAGAGGGUCCAGCAACGCAUAAAGGAAGACCGAGCCAAAUUCCUGAACAUGGCUUCCCUUCGAUGGAUGCGAUUCAGUGACUUCUACAACAUUGCAACAUCAGCCGAGUGUCCCCACCUGGCCGGGCUGGACAUUCAGAUGAGAUUUGACUGCUGUCUCGACCCAUUCUCUUUCUCAACAGACAUCAAGACAACCAACGGCACGAACGAGCACGACAAGGACAAUGAGCGAGUCAAUGGCACGAACGGCACCAAUGAAAGGGGCCUUUCCGCGGCUGGACCCGGAGUUACGACGAUUACGGUUGUACAGGAUUGA